CAGUCUGUAUAGGUAAUUGAUCUUCAUGUGGACAAUUGGCGGCCAAUGAGAAGUCCUGGACUACAAUACAGGCCCUGUGUGCAAUCAUUGCCCCUCAUCAACAUGGACGGCACUGACAGCCAAUCAGCUUCUAGUAUUCUACGAGAGGGCGGAGCGCUUGGCUCAUGAAUAUCCAACAAGCGCGCUCGGUGGGGACGGAGAACAAGGGGCUUGUUUAGUGUUGUGUUUUCUUUUUGGGCAUCCUAAACGCGUUGACAAUAGCCCUGGACGCAGCACUGGCGUGGUAGAAAGUGACCAUCUGCGUUCCGUUCCGUUUGUUGCUGUCGCUUCCCGGUGAAGGAGGCAGACCCCGGUACGGUCCAGGACACGCUCUGGUCUGAUCGGAGUUGAGCAGGGACCAUGUCUGGCAAAGCCGCGGCGACAGUGGCGCUUCAGCCCGGCGAUAAGGUCGAUCCCACGGCUCCGCAGAAGUCCUUUCCUUUUGUUUUGAAGAAAAUCAUGGACAUCCCCCCUCCAAACAUCCUGGAGGAAGGAGACGACGGUAAGAACGAAACGGCAAAAGAAAUCGAGAAAGAGAAGCUGUGCUCCUCUGAGCAUGGGGAGGGGGGCGGGGCUGGAGCAGCCAGUGCUGGUGCAGGUUCAAGAGGAGGAGGAGGAGGUGGUGGAGGGGUAUCAGCCUCCUUAACCCCAGCCAUUUGGGACAAGACCAUUCCCUACGAUGGGGAGACCUUCCACUUGGAGUACAUGGACCUGGAUGAGUUCCUCCUGGAGAAUGGGAUCCCUGUGACCCUGGAGGAGGAGGAGCUACAGAAGACUCUGGCCUCAGCGGGAUUCAAAGGCAAAUUUUUCCCCAAGGUUACUCCUAUAGUGUCUACAACUACUAUUACUACUACUGCUGAUGCUGCUGUCACCCCUGACCACGCCUUAGCAUCACCUCCGUCAAUCCCUGCCACCUCUAUGGUCACCUCUGAUCCAGAGGAAGCGGUGACAGUCACUACGUUACAACCAGCUAAGCUAGAGGAGGAGGAGGAGGAGGAAAAUGAUGAUGAUGAUGAAGAGGAAGAUGAUGAAGAAGAAGAAGAAGAAAAGGAAUCUUUGUCUGUGGAGGCAACAGCAGAAGUGGAAGAGAAGAAAACAGAUCGUAACACUCCCUCCCCCAUAGACCCAGAAGCCAUCGAGGUGGACAUUAACUUCCAGCCGGAUCCCACAGACCUGGUCCUGUCCAGUGUGCCGGGGGGAGAGCUGUUCAACCCGCGCAAACACAAGUUCUCUGACGAGGAGCUGAAACCGCAGCCUAUGAUCAAGAAAGCCAAGAAGGUGUUUGUUCCUGAUGAGCAGAAGGAUGACAAGUACUGGUCCAGGAGAAAGAAGAACAACGUGGCAGCAAAGCGGUCUCGGGACGCACGGCGGCUGAAGGAGAACCAGAUUACGGUGCGCGCCUCCUUCCUGGAGCGGGAGAACGCAGCGCUGCGUCAGCAAGUGGCCGAGAUGCGGAAGGACUGUGGUCGCUGCAAGAACGUCCUGUCCCGAUACGAGGCGAAAUUUCAACUCGGACACAAACCACCAAGGGAGUCUAAAUUUGCACUGUUGUCUUCACUGACCUCCAGCAGCCGUGUCGAGCUCCGCUGUUGUUUCCAACGCGAUACUGGAGUUUUUGAUGCACACUGGCAGGCAGUGAGGCAUGAUGGGAGGGUGGUCCCAGGAAGGCCUGUGGAGAGCGCCUGGCUCCUACACUCGGGAGAGAAGGGGACGAUUGUGGACACUCCCCGUGGUCAAACGCAUGGAAAGUCUGUACUCAAAGGGAGCUGGUUAACUCACGGCAGGGCGGGAGAGGAACUGAUGAAGGCACGAGAAAGGAGCAGAAGGCAGAUUCACACUGGUACUUCCAGCUCGCCGGGGAAUAUAAGCGAAGCCCUUUGGCCGGCAGAGUAGAGAAGGUCAAGCGUCUGUUAGCGGUGAGGUUCAGUCACAGUUCUUCUGUCUUGUGACCCACACGCACGCACACAUAAAACAAACCCGCUUGUACAUAUAGUCACCUCCCUGCAACGCAGAGAUCCGUGCGUGUAUCGGCUUGUAAUCCAUUCUUGCACUUUUUACAGUGGCUCAUAGUGGUGGCAGGCAUCUUUCUUAUUUACCUCCACCAUGGGAGACAGAGUAGCUUUUAAAGGGGGGAAAACAUGCAUGACCUUCAAUUUAAAGCUACUGUGAUCUAGUUUCCUUUUCUAAUAACCUCAGAUCAGCUUCCAGAGCCUCACACAAGAUUCUUUUUUUAUUACAGAAGAAAGACUUUGGGUUUCCUUUAGAAGAUGACUAUAUUUUACAAAUGAAGACAGAUGUAGUUUUUCUUUUUUCGUAGGUUACUUCGGAAAGGCAGUUGUCCGAUGAUCUCCAGCGCCCUCACUGGUGGAGGGGUAUGUUGAUGCGAAGGGAUGUUUAUUUUACUGCGCACUGCAGAUAGAGGGCGCUAGAGCUACUGCCUGCCUACUCAUGGCGGGAUGGCUGGAUUGAUUUAAAAGAAAGGAAAAAAGAUUUAGCCAGUCCCACAGUUGACUGCUUCUAAACCUUGUAAAUAAAUGAUUGUCUCAUGGUCUUUAUUUCCCUAGACAGGAAUUCUGACUGUGUCUUUAUUAACCUAAUAUUAUUCCUCAUAUUUGCCAAAUAGUCUGAGUGCUGUAUUUAUUCUGAUGGUAAUAACGCAUCUGUUGAUUGUGAUGUACAACAAUAUGUUGGAUAAUUCUUUUUCCUUCGAGGAACAAUACUUCUAAUGAAACCAAUGCAGGGAAAUCAAUGGGUAAACUGUGUUUUUGGAUGUUUGUUUAAAAAAAAUAUUCAUAUCGUUUUAUCGGAUCGCCCCCCUCUAUAUACGUACAGCAUGUGUUUGAACACACAAAGAACAAGGCACACUCUUGUUUACCUCAUUCAGCACUUCCUAUUUUGAAUGGUGAAAAGUUUAGCAGGGCUACACAAUGGCAGAAGUUGAAGCAGAAAGCACAUACAAAAGCAGCUUAGUUCCAUUUGGCAAAACCUUGAGUUUUCUUCUUUUGCUAAACUGAGUCUGUGUCUAAGUUAGUAAAUAAACGACAGACUGUUAUGGGACUUCAUGUCUCAAGUGUCUUUGGCUGAUCGGUCGACUUGUGCUCAUAAUCGCAGUAAAUCUCGGAAAGUAAAUAAGUGUGGCAAUAAUACUCUGUUAUGUAAUGCUCGUUUUAUUUCCUUGAUGUCUGUAAAAUUGUUAUGAUGUACUAAAUAGAAAUGCCCCAAAGUCGUUUGUGCUUCCAGUUCAGAUCCUCCGUUGUCUAGGAUCCUUAUGCAUGAAACCCAGUAAACUUGUCUGUUCUUUUCUUGAAUAUUUUUACACCAAGUGUACUUAUGUCUGCGAACUAUUACUGAAAACUCUAUAUGUUUUUGGAUGGGUAGGUUGAUGGUCUCUUGUACAGCUCUGUCAAAAGAAAAAGCGUAACAUCUUUGCUAUAACGUUAUGUGUUUAUGACUUGUUAGCAUAAUAGUGCCAUCCAUCGUUGUGCAGCCAGUGCUUGACCUUGGGGCGAACAUCAGCUUAAGACAGCAUCUUUUAAUCACUGUGUGGAUUGUUGUUUAUUUACUGAGGAUCUAUAUCUAGAUGCAUCAGUUUGUGUUUUUCUCGAUAGAUUCUGUGUUUGUUCCAGUUUCCUGGGAGGCAUUUCUUCGCAAUGUGUUUUACGUUGCAUUGACAUUCAAACUAGGCUUUGGCUACAUUAUGCUGUUUAUACAUCAAUUUGGUUGAUGAAUGCAAACUUUUAGUUGUUUUUUAACUAAAUUCAAAUGUACUGCACCGAGCCGACUAAAAGUACUGCUCAAGAGAGUCUUUUAGAAGACAAGUCAAGCUCGUUUCACCUUUUUCGUUUCGAAAUUGAGCAUUUAAGUGUAAAUAAACAACAGAUAUGUCUUAAACUAUCAUGAAAUCGGAUUUCAGGUGACAGACGUCAAAUACAAAAAGUAUUUGAAUUGUUGGAAUACCUUUCCAGCAGGUGGCCCAAGUGCCCUUGCUUUCUUCGCAUGUAGGUGGUGCAAAUUAGCAUCUACAUCUGUAAGGUCGAAACUGCCAUUUCCACUUCCGGCCUGAAACUGUUGCCAAUGGCUUUGGGGGCUGCGCAUCAAUGACAGUGUCCUUGUCUGCUAUUCAAAGCUACAAUACUCCGUAAAACUUUUACAGUCUCUUGCGCUUUUAAAAGUAUUUUUGUUUUGUGUUUUGCUUUCUUUUCUCUUUUUAUAUAAACAUGUUUUUGUUUUGGUGUUUUUAAUAUUGUUCUAAACAUAUGUUAGAUACAUGCAACUGCAGUACCACGGUCAAACUGUAUCUUGUAUCAUGCGUUGAAAUAAAUUGGCACUAAAUGA